CGCUUUCUGGAUUGAUGUGUGUUGGUGAGGAACGAGGUGAGGCUGAUUAUUUUGGAUCCCUCCAAAAUUGUUUCACCAAGCUGCUUUGAAUCACCACAGAAACCGUAUCGCCAUCGCUCCCACGUUAAUGAUCUAAUAGAGGAAUUCAUCCUGUGGUGCCACGAUUGGUCCACUGGGACAUCACACCAGAUAAGACGGGUGUGACAUCACACAAGGAAUGACGUUGGACAUGUGAUAAUGUUUUUUCUACCCAACCCAUUCCACUGUGGGACCAGAUGGACGAUAGGAGGAAGAGGACUCCACCGGACGCCGCAGAGGUCCCUUCACUGUCUUCACCUAAUGUGUCCCAAAAGGUGAUAAUUGCACACUCCGUUAAAAGUUAGAAGUGAGGACUUUGGAAUCAUGCUCCGUGUUGAAGCUCUGAUCUUUUUUAUGGCAGGUGUGGUGUUUUCAGAGGCCACACCUGAGCCGGGAUUCUGUGGUUUCUAUGAGGAGUGUGGUCGUAACCCCACUGUUGGAGGGAUACCCCUCAUUCCUCCUAUUGUCCCAUGUUUCGAUCCUAGUGCUGCCAGACAUCUCACAGGGGAGCACUACUUGAAGCUCAAGGAGGUGUGUCCCAUGAUGGACCAAGGUGAGAACAACACAUACGCCUGCUGUUCCAUGAAACAGCUCCAAUCCCUGGACAGGAGCCUAACCUUGUCCAAAGCUGUACUGGUCCGCUGCCCUUCUUGUGUUGAGAACUUUGCCCACCUGCACUGCAUCAACACCUGCAGCCCCAACCAGACGCAGUCAGUGAAAGUCACAAAGGUCAUGAACGUCACUUAUUUAGGCACCACAAGGGAGGCGGUGGUGGCCUACCAGUCAUAUCUCAGCUCCACUUUUGCAAAUGCUGCCUUCCAGUCUUGUAAGAAUGUCAGGAUCCCAGCUACUGGAGGCUUUGCAAUCUCCACCAUGUGUGGUAGGUACGGUGCCAAGCUGUGCACCGCCCAGCGCUGGUAUGAUUUCCAAGGGGACUCCAGUAAUGGCCUCGCUCCACUGGACAUUGACUUUCAAAUAAUAAAAGACAGUGAUGUUGAAGGACUACCAGACGAUGUGAUUCCUUACAAUGGGCGUGCUCUGAGGUGUAACGAGACAACACCAUUAGGUGGUGAAGUCUGCUCCUGCCAGGACUGCCAAGAGUCGUGUCCGAGCAUGCCACCGUUGCCACAGCCCCCGCCACCCUUCAGCUUGUUCGGGAUCGAUGGAUUCUUUGUCCUUUCUAUCAUCCUCUUGUGUCUGCUGAUCCUGGCUUUCUUACUCUACCUCAUUGUCUCAUGCUUGAUGGAUUCUACUAAAGGAGAGAAGAAAAAACAUAAAAGCAAAGACCAGAACCGUAAUGAAGUGACUGAGCGCAUCAUUCAACCAUCAGAAGUGACAUGCUCUGACAGAAACAGCUUGGCUGCUCAAGCUUUCAUGAGCAGGCUUUUUCAGCGGUGGGGAACGCUCAUGGCCUCUUACCCCCUAACAGUCAUCCUUGUGGCGGCUGUCAUCGUGAUUGCGUUCUCUGUUGGGCUCAAGUCUAUUAAGCUCACCACGGAUCCGGUGGAGCUGUGGUCUGCACCCAACAGCAGGGCCCGUCAGGAGAAAGACUUCCAUGACGCACACUUUGCCCCCUUCUUUCGGACAAACCAGCUGAUCCUGACGGCGCCGCAGAGAAAAGGCCACAUUUAUGACUCUUUGCUGUUUGGAAAGCAGAAUUUCAGCGGGCUUAUAUCCAAAGAUCUGAUCAUUGAGCUGCUCGAGCUCCAGGAAAAAAUACGGAAAAUUGAGUUCUGGUCUGAGGAACUGAACAGCACAGCGAGUCUGACGGAUGUGUGUUAUGCACCACUGAAUCCAUCCAACCCUUCCCCGACUGACUGUGCUGUAAACAGCCUGCCACAGUACUUUCAGAACAGCCUGGAAAACAUCAACGCUAAAGUGAACAUGACUGAGCUGGGAGUGACCAAAGAGGUGGACUGGAGAGACCACCUUAUCUAUUGCCUUAACUCUCCUUUGUCCUUCAAGGACAUCACAGACUUAGGAAUGAGCUGCAUGGCUGAUUACGGUGCUCCUGUUUUCUCAUUUCUAGCUGUGGGAGGCUAUAACGAUGACGAAUACACCAAUGCUGAAGCUUUAAUCUUGACCUUCUCCCUGAACAACUACAUCCGUGACAACCCCAAAUUCAAAGUAGCUUUGCAGUGGGAGAAAGAGUUUCUCAAGAUUGUUCAGGAAUAUCAGAGAAACCCAAACGCCAACUUCACCUUUGCAUACAUGGCAGAGAGGUCUCUGGAGGAUGAAAUAAAUCGAACCACAGCGGAGGACAUUCCCAUCUUCAUGAUCAGCUAUGCUGUAAUUUUUGUAUACAUUGCUGUGGCACUGGGGGAGUACAACUCAUGGAAACGUAUACUGGUUGACUCAAAGUUUUUGGUGGGCUUGGGUGGGAUCCUGGUGGUCGGCUGUUCGGUCCUGGCCUCCAUGGGUUUCUACUCGUGGAUCGGUAUCCCGUCCUCGCUGGUCAUCCUCCAGGUUGUUCCCUUCCUGGUGCUAGCUGUAGGAGCUGACAACAUCUUCAUCUUUGUUCUAGAGUACCAGAGGGAUGUACGGAGACCCGGGGAGACCAGGGAGGAGCACAUUGGUCGUGCUCUUGGACAAGUUGCUCCCAGCAUGCUCUUGUGCAGUCUGUCUGAGUCUGUCUGCUUCUUUUUAGGGGCCUUGUCCACCAUGCCAGCAGUGAAAGCGUUUGCACUCUAUGCUGCUUUGGCUGUCCUCAUGGACUUUGUCCUCCAGAUGACUGCCUUUGUUGCACUUCUGUCCCUGGAUGCCCGGCGCCAAGACAAAAACCGCUGUGAAAUAUUCUGCUGUGCUACCGUGUCAACACAACAUCCCAACAAGCCUAAUGAGGGCUUUUUACUGCCUUUCAUGAGGAAAUACUACGCCCCAUUCCUGCUGCACAGCUUCACCAGAGUCGCAGUGAUGCUGGUUUUCAUCUUCAUGCUGUGUGCAUCCAUUUUCCUCAUGCUGAAUGUAAAAGUAGGUCUAGAUCAGGAGCUGGCCAUGCCACAGGGAUCUUACAUGCUGGAUUAUUUCAAAUACCUGUACAAAUACUUUGAAGUUGGAGUUCCUGUUUAUUUUGUGACGAAGAGGGGGUUCAACUUUACCACAGUGGAGGGCAUGAAUGCCAUCUGCUCUAGCGUUGGGUGUGAUCAGUUCUCAAUGACCCAGAAGAUCCGGUAUGCUACAGAAUUUCCUGAACGAUCCUAUUUGGCUAUCCCUGCUAACUCGUGGGUGGAUGAUUUCAUUGACUGGUUAAAUCCUGGAUCCAAAUGCUGUCGCCUCUACACCUUUGGUCCCAACAAUGGAAACUUCUGCCCGGCAAACAUAUCUGGUCUUUUGUGUAGAGACAAUUGUAUGGAGAAACCUGUAGGUGGUGUCCUCAGGCCCACUGAGACGGAAUUCAACCGCUUCCUCCCCCACUUCCUGGGAAACAGGCCUGACCUGAAGUGCUCCAAAGGAGGUCUUGGAGCUUAUGACACAGCGGUGGUGAGAGAUGAAAGUGGGGAAAUAAUAGCCUCUCGGUUCAUGGCUUACCACACACCGUUGACCAACUCUCAGGAGUUCACUGCUGCCCUGCUGAAGGCCAGAGAGCUGGCCAGCAACAUCACCAAGUCCAUGAGGAACAUUUCAGGCACGUCUGAGGACUUUGAAGUAUUUCCCUACACGAUAACCAACGUAUUUUACGAGCAGUACCUGACCAUUGUACCAGAGGGACUCUUCAACAUCGGCCUGUGUCUCCUGCCCACAUUUGUGGUCUGCUGUCUGUUGCUGGGUUUGGAUCUGCGCUCCGGCCUGCUCAACCUGCUCACCAUAAUCAUGAUCGUCGUGGACACCGUUGGCAUCAUGACUUUGUGGAGUAUUGAUUACAAUGCCGUGGCGCUGAUCAAUCUGGUCACGGCGGUGGGCAUCUCUGUGGAGUUUGUGUCUCACAUGACGAGAACUUUUGCACUGAGCACCAGGCUCACACGUGUGGAGAGAGCAAAGGAGGCUACGGCCAAUAUGGGCAGUGCAGUGUUUGCUGGUGUUGCGAUGACCAACCUGCCAGGCAUCCUUGUGCUAGCUUUUGCCAAAGCACAGCUCAUCCAGAUCUUCUUCUUCCGGUUAAAUCUCGUCAUCACACUUUUGGGGAUGGCUCAUGGGCUCAUAUUCCUCCCUGUGCUGCUCAGUUAUUUUGGUCCUGGUGUGAAUAAAGCAGUGCUGCUGCAGGCCCAGCAGGCUAAACAGAAACUGGAGAUGAGCAGCAAAAUGAGAGAAGUUUAUGAUAACAUUGGCUAUGAAGAAGAGGAAGCGAAAGACACAAGCACCACAAAAACUCCUGCCGACACCAACAGACAAUCAGAUUCUAUAGAAAGUGAGGACAGAGUUGAUUCUUUCUGAGCAUCAACCAAAAAACUGUUUUCAGGCUACUCAGUAAAAAUAUCUGUGUCACGUGUAGAGCGAAGACGGACACAGAAGGACACAAACAAACGUGGAGCCGCUUUUUGGCUUCAUAUGGAAAUCAUUAACCUAAGAAGUACCUCAAUCACAAACAGACUUGUGGAACACGCCGUUGUCAAAUAACGCAACACCUGGCUGCUGCAAUGACAGUCGUGAGAAAGUUGGAUCGUGCAUUUGUAUUUUUUGUUUGUUUGUUUGUUUGUUUGCACUGGGUGUAAUUAUUUUGUAUAUUAUAUAAGCAGUGUUUCAAGAGAUAUCAAAGGAACACGUUCACACUCCAGCAUAGUUUCUUCAAAUGUGUUCAGGUUAGCUAGAAUCAGUGGACACACAUCCUAAUUAAAAGUGUUUAUUACUUCAUGACAGGUAAUCAGACGUUGCAAGUGUAAUGCAAAUUUUUAAACAUAUUUCUAAAUUAUUUAGUUUUAUUUUGUCAUUUUUAGCCAUUUGCAGGUCACCUGUAACUGAUUGCAUCCACAGCUCUCCUGGCUGUAAAGUCCUAAAUCAUUUCAGGUAAAAAAAUACAUUUCAAGACCAAAGUUGUUCAGCGACAAAGGUGCUAAAGAUAACUAAUACAAGACUGUGUGUUUUCCCAAUAUUAAAGCUGGAAAUAAUAAACCUACUUUUUUGAGGGUG